ACUCUGGUUCCAGAGUCUCCUUCAUUCCUUCUUUCUGUUUAAUGGCUCGUGAGUAGUAAAACUUGGAGCAUCUGGAACCAGGGUGGAAUUGCAAAAUUAAAAAGCCGAUUCAUUGAACUGCCCAUCAAAACUAUAUUAUUGGUAUAGCUUUGAUACCCCGUGACGUGCGUUGUAGCGUUGUAUGUCUUUUCGGGACAGCUGUGAUGGUACAAUGAGAUUUUCUCUAAUUUGCACAUACAAAUUCUCCCUUCAAAUUUAAACAGAAACCUAAACGACUAUUUACUUACGGCUAUAGAUUGGAGGUGAUUCGGGUCGUUUUACGUUCGUAGGCCUAGCUAACUUGUUUAGCCAAGUAUAGCAGACAUUAUAAAGCCAAGGUUUUCAAAAUCAUAAUAACUAUUGGAUGCAUGGAAAGGAGUUUAUAAAGGUAAAAAACCAUGGAAGUUUUCCUUUUCUUCACCCUUUUCACGACAUCGUCUUUGGCUUACGAGCGGGUCUACAAGAAAGGUGACGUCAUAAUUGGAAGCCUUCUCUCAGCUCACAAAAACUCAGACGAGAAAAAAUGUAGGGAUUUUUACCCACCAGGGCUUAAUCGAGUCGAGGCGACUAUCCAAACAAUACAGCAAAUCAAUAACAACUCGGAAAUCCUCCCAAACAUCACGCUCGGGUACGACAUUCGUGACUAUUGCAAUAGCCGAGAGCUCGCGAUGAAAGAGACCUACGACUUCGCAGUCAAUAGUCACUCGGCUUUGAAUUCGCAAAUUGGCAUUCCUAUGAGUCGGAAUAAAUCAAACUCUACCAACUCUGCUGUAGCAAUUGUUGGACCAUAUGGGUCAAGGAAUUCCCUACAAGUUGCUGGUCUUCUUCAAGUUGUCGGAAUGGCAGGUAUCAGCCCUUCGGCUACAAGCGAAGAGUUGAGUUGGCCGUUUUAUGACAAGUUCUUAAGAACCGUCCCCCCUGAUAACCUUCAAGCCAAAGCAAUGGCAGAUCUCAUCGAUAAAUUUGAAUGGAACUAUGUAGCUGCAGUCGCCAUGGAACAUUCGUACGGUAUUUACGGCAUCAGAGCCUUGGAGAGAGAAGCAUUACAGAGGCAAACAUUUUGCAUUGGCUUCACCGAGUAUAUUCCUCCACAGGACUACAGUUUGCAAAUUCCAGGCAUUGUGCAGAAACUGAAGCAUUCAAAGGAGGUGAAGGUUGUGAUUUUGUGGAUUGAGGACAGUGUUGCCAGGGUUCUGAUGCACGAGGCGGCAAGGCAGGGUGUACAAUAUCGAGUUUGGAUUCUAAGUGAUUCCCUCGCAACAAAGACACCUGAUUUUCUCGGCUCUGAUUUUAUCUAUCUUGGAGUCUACCUUGGGAUCCAGCCUCGUCAAUUCAGAGACGAAAAAUACGAAAAACAUCUUAAAACCUUAACUCCGGGAAAAAGCCUUGAAGAUGGGAACAUUUUCUGGGAAAAGCUAUGGAAAGAGGAGUUUAAUUGUUCCGCCCUGGCGAAUAUAACCAUGGCUAGCUCGUGCCCAUGUGAUUUGAACAUUAAUCAAAAUGUUUUUAAUAAAAUGUACGACGAUUUCAUUCCAUAUCACGUAGAUGCCAUUUAUGCUAUCGCGCAUGCAUUAAAUGCAAUCUACCGCUGCACAGAGCCUCGCGGACUGUUGCCAAAUGGAAGAUGUCCCGGCACCACCCCUGUAAGUCCAGAUCACGUGUUACUGUAUUUACGAAACGUUAGUUUCCAGGGCCUCACGGGAGUGGUCCAAUUCGAUGACAACGGAGACCCCUUGAGCUCAUGCUAUGACGUCAUCAGUUUCCAAAAAUCUUCGGGGAUUUCUUACUCAAAAGUAAAGGUUGGAACGUGGAACAAAACUCGGGAUUCCAGAUUACAGAUAAUAAAUGGGAGCAUUGACUGGAAUUUAGGGUCAGCACCGCCCAAGUCGGUUUGUAAGGAGCCCUGCCCGCUUGGCACGAUGCAAUCGGAGUCGGUAGCGUGUUGUUGGGAAUGUCUACAAUGUCCUGAAGGUACCGUGACGUCCAUCCGGGGCGCCACGAACUGUUCUACUUGCCCAGUGACCCAGAAAUCGAACAGAGAAAGAACAUCUUGUGUUGACUUGCCAGUUGUUGCCCUGAAAUUGCGAGAUGCGACGACAAUCUUUUUUGUGAUUGCCGCUGUUGUGGGGGUCAUAUUUAGUGUGUCUACUCUGGUUAUCUUCAUACGUUAUAGACGGACUCCUGUUGUCAAGGCGGCCAAUAAGGAGCUUUCAUUUACAAUCCUAGUCGCAAACUCUAGUUGUUUCGCGUUAUCUAUUUUGAUCCUCGUUAGACCAUCUGAUUCCAUUUGUUCUGUUAUUGAGCCGAUUCGUUACACGGCUUUGACCGUGUGCGUCUCUGUUCUUUUUCUGAAAACGAUGCGCAUCUUGCGAGCCUUCGAGGCAUCCGCUAUGUUCCAGUGGCUUAACCAGCAAUUUAUUUUGAACAUGCGCAAACAGCUCUACCUAGUUCUGAUCGUCAAUGCUCCUUCAUGUAUCCUCAGCCUUGUGUGGAUUCUACUUGAUCCUCCUUCCUUUAAAAUGGACAUCAUUUCAGGAAAGGCUAUCAUUGUUUCAUGCGUCUUAAGCAUGACCCAAGUCGGCUACAUUAUUCGCAUUCAUAUGGUCUCUUACCUCAUUGCCUGGUCGCUUGUCUGUACGUGGUACGCUUUCAAAGCGCGCAAUCUCCCCGAGAACUUCAAUGAAGCAAAGUACAUUGGCUUCUCCAUGUAUAUCUACUUGCUAUCGUGGAUAACAUACUUUCCUGUACUGUCCACUUUGGAUGGUGUCUAUGUCACGGUUGUUUCGUGUGCCACUUUGCUUGUUAGCUCGUAUGGAUUAUUGCUGUGUAUUUUCGUGCCAAAACUUUAUGUCAUCUUGAGGCAUCCGGCGAAAAAUACGACGCAUUUUGUCAGGACAGAGCUCAGGGCACAGAUGUCGAAUAGAGUAGAGCCGACUAUGGGAGAUCCAUGACUGUGACUGCCAUCUCUAAUGUAUAAGAGAAGAAACAAGAUACCACCUUAUCUGAAGACCAGAGAGGACAUUGAUGCAUGACUCGGAUUACCACCUGCUCUCGAGGGAAAGACAUAAAAGACUGCCCUGUCCAAAACUUAAAAACCAACUGCCAUUUGUCAUUCGAUGUUGCACCGUUUUUCUUUUCUUUUUCAAAAAAGCUCUAUAACAUAUAUGGUACUCCUCGAGAGAUGUUCAUUUUGGAGUCACGUGACGUGCAUGUGGCGUAGCAUAUAUGGUAGUCCUGAUCUUUUGUUGACCUUGCGAUGACCUGUUUGACCGUUAGACCUUCGUUUAAUAAAAAAACAUAAGAUCGAUCUAAAGGUCGCGUCACCGCUUGUCUAGGGUGCGAUGGAGCAAUCAGACAUUAUGGGGUCGGAGAUCCUGGUUAACUUUUCUACCAUAAAAAAGACAAUUGACAAUUGAAACAUAUUGUUUUGGCUAGAACAAGUUCGGAGAUUUUGAUCUGCUAGUACAAUAGAAAUGUGCCACGGAUCUUUGCUCAAAUAAAAAUAAACAGUGUCGAAUCGAA